AUGACCACGGAAAUACUGCCGUACAUCAAUGCUUCCGACCUCGAAAAAUACCCCGAAGGCGGGCUCGAAGCCUGGCUAGUAGUCUUAGGAUCCUGGUGCGCCAUGACAGCCGGCAUGGGCCUCUUAAACACCAUCGGCACCUUUCACGCCUGGAUCUCUACACAUCAACUCUCAACUUACUCGUCCUCAUCAGUCGGCUGGAUAUUUUCAACUUUUCCAUUUUUUCUCUACUUUGCUGGUGUACAGAUUGGACCGCUUUUUGAUGUUUAUGGUGCCAGGGUGUUGGUGAUUACGGGAAGUGUGGGCUUGGUGGUCAGUUUAAUGACGUUGAGUGUGAGUACAGAGUAUUAUCAGAUUAUACUUUCUUUUGGUGUGUUGGGGGGUUUGAGCACUUGUUGUCUGUUUACUACAGCUGUUUCGGCGAUUGGACAUUGGUUCCAUAAGAGAAGGGGUUUGGCGAUGGGGGUUGCGUGUACGGCUGGUGGAACUGGUGGACUGGCAUUUUCUCUCAUCAUCCUUUUUCUGGCGCCAAAGAUUGGCUUUGGCUGGGCGAUAAGGAUCAUCGGAUUCAUCUGUGCUGGGCUUUGCGGUGUUGCUUGUUUGCUUCUUCGCAGUCGUCUUCCGCCUAAUAAGACGGCGGGAGCGAAGAUUGAUCUCAUGGCACUUAAGGAUCCGCCUUAUGCUGCUACUACUGCUGCCAUCUUUCUGGUGGAGUUUGCAGUCUUCAUCCCCUACACUUUUCUGGUUGAUCAAGCUCUUCAUGCAGGGAUGCGACAACAAUUAGCAUACGCUCUUAUUCCCAUCCUCAACGCCUCCGCCAUCCCCGGCCGUCUCCUUCCCGGCUACAUAGCCGACCACUACGGUCGUCUGAACACCAUGACCGCUACAGCAAUCUUCUGCUCCCUCCUCACUUUUCUCCUCUGGCUUAUCGGCUCUUCCUCUCACGCUUGCAUCAUUGCUUAUACAGUACUCUUUGGCUUUUGGUCCGGCGCCGCUAUCUCUUUGACACCUGUCUGCAUUCAACAGGUCUGCAAGACCGAGGAUAUUGGAAAGAGGACGGGGACGACUUUCACGAUUAGUAGUUUCGGCACCUUGAUGGGUAUUCCUAUUGCGGGUGCUAUAUUGGGAGGGGGUGAUGAUUAUGAUGGGCUUAUCAUAUUUGCUGGGUGUUUGUAUGUUGCUGCAUCUAUUGCUUUUGUCAUUGCGAGGGGAUUAACAGGAGGCUGGGGGAUGAGAGUCAUCAUAUAG